AUGCGUACUUCUAGUGGUCGUAUCGUUCGACCGCCACCAUCUCGUGGUUCACAAGAUCUAUGCUUAUCAUCAUUUUCAGAAGAUUAUCAUUCAAAAUAUAAUAAUAAUUCAAUUGAACGUAAACAUUCUCAACAACGGAAAACUAAAUCAACUAUAUAUCGUUCAAAAAAUAAUAUACAUUCUGUAAAUAAAUUCUAUUCUAAGCAUAGAAAACGAACUCAUCGAUCAAAAACCAUGAUAAGAAAAUUAUCGAAUUCCACAGAAGAUUUAUCACAACAUACAACAUCAUCAUCAUCAUCACUUCGACGUAGUGCACGUAAACGUAAAUUGAUUUCUAGUUUUAGUCAUUUUUAUGGAUCAUCUGAAGGAAAUGAUGAAUCCGAUUGAUGAUGAUGACCACAAUGAUAUUGAAGCUUGUUAAUCAAUCACUCAGUGUGUUCAUUGAUACACACAUCACAUCACAUCACAUGAAAAUUGGAAACGAGAACAUGAUUUUGUUUUUCCUGUAAAUUGUGUCUCUAUUUUCUCCUUUCUUUUCUCGCCCUCUCUCUCUCUCUCUCUCACUGUUCCUCACAUUAAAAUCAGUUUUGGGCAGCAUGUGUAGAUAUAUUUUCCACUCCACUCCACUCCCCUUCCUUUCCCUUCCACUUGCUCAGUCGGAUUGAAAACUAACUGAUAAUGUUCAACCUGUCCAAUGUAAUUUAAAAAUAACCCAUUUAUUAUAAUAAUAAUAAUAUUUGUGUUUUUAAGAACUGUGAUUGUUAAUAUAUAUACAUACAACAUUCUGUCGGAUCACUUCUCUUUUAUUCUUGACAAAAAAUUUUUUUAAUAUAAAUACACUUUUCUAGUC